ACCGACCUCUCGAGCUCGCUGAGCUGCCAUGCUGCCUCCAAGGACUCUCCCACCUUACCGGAGUCCUCUGUCACCGAUCUGGGCUACUACACCAGCCAGCAUGACUACUACCCGGGCCAAUCCUACAGCCAGCCCGUGAGCCACUACCCCUACCACCAGUUUAACCUCAAUGGCAUCGGCGCCGCCGGCACCUACUCGCCCAAAUCCGACUAUUCCUACAGCCCUUCCUACCGCCAGUACAGCCACUUCAGGGACCAGCAGCUCCCGGCCCAGGAAGCAGUGUCGGUGAAGGAGGAGCCGGAGCCGGAGGUUCGGAUGGUCAACGGGAAACCCAAGAAGAUCCGCAAACCCCGGACCAUUUACUCCAGUUACCAACUGGCCGCCCUGCAGCGCCGCUUCCAGAAAGCCCAGUACCUGGCACUGCCCGACACGCGUGGUGUGUCCUGGUUCCCUGGGACACUCACACCCCGGGUGAAGAUCUGGUUCCAGAACCGCCGCUCCAAGUUCAAGAAGCUCUACAAGAACGGCGAGGUCCCUCUGGAACACAGUCCCAACAACAGCGACUCCAUGGCUUGCAAUUCCCCCCCUUCCCCGGCCGUCUGGGACAGUAACUCUCACGGCAGCACACCGGGCCGGACCCCGCUCCCGCAGCCGCUUCCUUACAAUUCUUCCCCCGGAUUUUUGGAGGAGCACAACCCCUGGUAUCACCCCCAGACCCUCAGCGGACCCCACGGACCCCACCAACCCCCACCGGCCACCACGAUGCAUCACACCUCCCCGGGGCCGCCCCCCAACCCCGGCGCCGUCUAUUAA